AGAGUAGCCUUACUUUUGUUCGAGUUGCAAAAACAAAUGAUUGCGCAUACCUUUGGACCGAAGAAAGAGAUAUCUGAAACCUCUUUAUCUCCAGUUAUCCUCCGAUAAUAAAGGUAAUAAAACGGGACAAUUCCGCUUUGCGGUCUCAUGCCCUGUUUGAGAAGCAUAGAGAAGCUACAGAGGCAAUGGCAGCAGAAGCGGACUCGACAGUCAAAUUCAGCGAAGAUCUCAGGAUCAUGCCUAGUGCGGAUGCAGAAGCCGAGUGUGAGAUACCUGUCGAAAGAAAAAAUGCAGCAAUGUUUGAGAAGCACAGAGAACACGAGCCAAUGGCAGCAGAAGCGAACUGGAUAGUCGAAGUCAUCGGGGAUAUUCCUAAUGCACAAGCAGAAGCAGAAUGCUGGAAGGAGUGGUCGAUAUACAAACUGCCGGCCUGUGUCACGGCUUUAAAACCGAAAGCUUACUCACCUCAGGCCGUCUCUUUUGGCCCUUACUCACCUCAGGCUGUCUCUUUCGGCCCUUACCACCAUGACGAAAAACACCUGAAGCCCAUGGAGGAGCACAAGGUCCGCGCCCUUCGCCACUUCCUCAAGAGGUCGAAGCGGCCGUCCUACCUCUUCGAUAGGGCUGUACGCGAGGUGCUGCCAGAUCUAAUGGCCUGUUAUCACCCCCUUGAUUGGAAGUGGGAGGAUGACAAGGACGCCUUCCUGAAGAUUAUGAUACUAGAUGGGUGUUUCAUGCUGGAGAUCCUACGUACUGGAACCGACACAGUCAAUGAUUAUGCCCCGGACGACCCGAUCUUUAGUAAGCACGGGGAGAUCAAUAUAAUGCCGUACAUACAAAGGGACAUGCUGAUGCUUGAGAAUCAACUGCCGAUGUUGGUACUGGAAAAGCUGCUUGCUGUUGAAAAUGAAACUGGCAACUCAAAGGAUGAAGAAGUUGUCAACCAGCUUAUACUGAAGUUCUGCUGUCCCCACAUGCCUAUUGUGAAGAUGGGCAAAUGCCUGCACUUGCUGGAUGUCGUCAGGAGGAGGCUCCUUCAUGAGGGCCCAAGCAAGAUGACCCGCCGGCGCAAGUCGGAUAUGGCACGAAAGGAUGGGUACGAGAUUAUCCGGUCGGCCACAGAGCUUGUUGAGGCAGGAAUCAAGUUCAAGAAGAGCAAGACUAAGAGCUUGAGGGACGUCUCGUUCAGUAGAGGAGAACUGAGUCUCCCUGUCACAGACGUGGAUGACACGACUGAGUCCAUGUUUCUCAACCUCAUCGCCUUUGAGCGCUUCCACAUAAGGGCUGGGAAUGAGGUUUCCUCGUACAUAUUCUUCAUGGACAAGAUCAUAGACAAUGAGAGGGACGUUGCCCUGCUCCACUCCAGGGGCAUCAUAAAGAAUGCGAUGGGGAGCGACAAGGAAGUGGCUAAGUUAUUCAACUCCCUGUCGAAGGACAUCACACUUGAUCCUAAUUGCAUCCUUGACGUGGUUCACAAGAAGGUCAACGGCUACUGUAAGAAGCCCUGGAACAUGUGGAGGGCCAACCUCAUCCACACCUACUUCAGGAGUCCGUGGGCCAUGCUGUCCUUAAUCGCUGCCAUCUUCCUCUUUGCGCUGACUAUCGUUCAGACAUUCUACUCCAUACUCGAUUUCUACCAGAAUUAGUCUUCUACACAAGACCUUCGACUAUUGUGUAUUGAGCUGAAACAUAUCUGCAUAGAUUCUUCUAUGUUCUUUAUAUUUCUUCCUUUUUGCAAUUAUUUUCCUGAUGGUGAUCGUUUGCCUUUUGAUUGGAUUAAGUUUCAGGUUGUGUCAGUUGAUACAAGGCCAACCUAAUAAAGAAGCAGCUCACUUCCACAUUUGAUGCAGACUAUCUCGAAAACAAAAUUUCCCACCAUAA